AUGGCGGCCUGGUGGAAGGUUGUUUCCAGGUGCGGAGUCCGGCUCCCGUCCUGCAGGUUCUCCAGCGCGGACAGACCCGGCUCCGGGUUCGCUGCAGCCUACGACGCGCAGGAGGAGCUGCAGAGGGAGGCGCAGACCUCCUCCUCCUCCUCUUCCUCCUCCUCUUCAUCCUCUUCCUCCUCCUUCAGCUCGCUGCUCCGCCGGUCCCCGCUGGUCCACAUGGGUCCUGCUCGGGACCGGGUGGUGGUGGGCCGGGUGGUGCGGGUGGUGCAGGAGGACCUGUACGUGGACUUCGGGGAGCUGCCCUGCGUGGUCCGGAGGCCGGCCGGCGGGGAGGCGCUGCUGCGGGGGACCAGAGUCCGUCUGCGGCUACACGACCUGGAGCUCACUGCACGCUUCCUGGGGGCCGGGACCGACACCACGCUGCUGGAGGCACAGGCCCUGCUGCUGGGCCCGCUGGAGGCCCAGGACCAGGACCGGGACCGGGACUGAGACUAGGACCGGGACUGAGACUAGGACCUGGACCAGCACUGAGGGGUCAGACCUGCUGACCUGCUGCAGCAGAACGACACGUUUCCUGAAGGGACUGAAACCUCUAAGGAUAACAAUAAAUAUACAUAUAAAUAUACAUGUACAUAUA